UCUCUUUGUCUUCUCUACUUAUUAAAUUUCUCGGCUCUACACUUCACCCCACUCGACUUUUUCAAAGUCUCUUUUCUUUUUCUUCUUCUUCUCUUUCUUAAUAAUAAUGCACAUUCUCAGUCAGCGCUUUGAGUCAUUGCUUCUUCUUCUUACAUACACAACGCAAUACCUCCCUUCUCUUUCAGUUUUCUAAACGUAUUUUAUCAAAGGCAUCAAAUUCCUAAGUUUGGGUCUCUCUUCACCACUACCCAAUUCAGCUUUAACCAGAUUUAGUAUAUGAGAAAUGGCAAGUUAUGAUAAAGAUGAGGUUCCAAUGCUGUCAGAUACCUAUCCUCAGUCAUCAGAAAAUAAUCGGGAUUCUCAAUCUCAGACAUUUAUCUCCAGGACUCGGAGUGCUUCAAUUUCUAUCCCAUUGAACUCCAUGGAAUCGUAUCAAAAUACUCAUCUGGUAGGGCAUACUGGCCCCUUGAGGAAUGAAAGAAAAACACCAUUUAUCCAGAUGAGCGGUCCACUAUAUAUCAGUCGUAAGCCUGAAAAUUCUUUUCAACUAAAUCAAAGUACAGCGGCAGGCCAAAAAAUGAUGGAACCUAAGGCUGAAAAGUUUCCUUCCUUUAAUGGUAAGGAUGAAAAUGAUUGGCCAGAUAACAACUAUUCUGGCAAAAAUGAACAUUUACUGAGGUCUGGGCAACUAGGAAUGUGCAGUGAUCCUUACUGCACCACUUGCCCAACAUAUUACAAUUUCAAACCAGAACAACAGAAAAACUCAAGAGUUUCUGGCAUCUUUGAUACCAAGUAUGCUUUCUAUGGGGAUGCCAAAGGUUGGGCUAGGAGGUUGGUCUCUUUUCUGUGCUCUUAUGUUCCUGGUAUUAUGAACCCUCAUGCUAAAGUUGUUCAGCAAUGGAACAAAUUCUUCGUCAUUUCAUGCUUGAUGGCAGUUUUCAUAGAUCCACUGUUUUUCUUCUUGUUGUCUGUGCAGAAGGAGAACAAGUGCAUAGUCAUUGAUUGGCCUGCGACUAAACUGUUUGUCGGGUUAAGAAGUGUGACCGAUUUUAUCUAUAUGCUUAACAUGCUCCUUCAGUUCAGGUUGGCUUAUGUAGCUCCUGAGUCUACAGUAGUUGGUGCAGGAGAGUUAGUUGACCAUCCAAAGGAAAUUGCUUUCAAUUACCUUGGGGGAUACUUUUCUCUUGACUUGUUUGUGGUACUCCCACUUCCUCAAAUCAUGAUAUCAUUGGUCCUACCAAAACAUUUGGGAUCGUCAGGAGCAAAUUUUGCAAAAAAUCUUUUACGGACAGCCAUUCUUAUUCAGUAUCUUCCCAGAUUGUAUAGGUUUCUACCUUUCCUGGCUGGUCAGUCUCCAUUGGGAUUUAUAUUUGAGUCAGCAUGGGCAAAUUUUGUCAUAAACCUUCUCACUUUUAUGUUGUCUGGCCAUGUCGUUGGGUCAUCGUGGUACCUCCUUGGAUUACAGAGGGUUAAUCAAUGUCUUCGAAAUGCCUGUGGUAACUCAAAUAUCCGAAAUUGUAAGGAGUUUAUAGAUUGUGGCUCCGGGCAUUCUCCUAAUCGCAAUGUGCUGCCAAUUUGGACGAACAAUUCCAAUGUCUCUGCCUGCUUUACAGAAGAUGGAUUUUCUUACGGAAUAUAUGUACCAACUGUCAAUCUAACGACAGAACCAAGUAUUGUUACUAGAUAUGUAUAUUCAUUGUUUUGGGGAUUCCAGCAAAUCAGUACUCUGGCUGGAAAUCAAACUCCCAGCUAUUUUGUUUGGGAAGUUCUUUUUACCAUGGCCAUUGUCGGACUAGGCCUCUUGCUUUUUGCUCUUCUUAUCGGAAAUAUGCAGAACUUUCUCCAAGCACUGGGACGGAGGAGGUUAGAAAUGUCACUAAGACGUCGUGAUGUGGAGCAAUGGAUGAGUCAUCGACGCUUGCCUGUAGAGUUAAGAAGGAAAGUACGAGAGGCUGAACGAUAUAAUUGGGCUGCCACAAGAGGGGUAAAUGAAGAAGUGCUUAUUGAGAACCUACCUGAAGACCUUCAGAGAGAGAUAAGACGCCAUCUCUUCAAGUUUGUUAAGAAAGUUCGUAUAUUUGCUCUCAUGAAUGAUACUAUUUUAGAUGCCAUCUGCAAGAGAUUAAGACAAAAGAUCUAUAUUAAAGAAAGCUAUGUUUUGUCUCGUGGUUGUCUGAUUGAAAAGAUGGUUUUUAUUGUGCGUGGGACAAUGGAAAGUGUAGAAGAAAAUGGAAUAAGAAAUCCCUUGUCUGAAGGGGAUGUCUGUGGUGAGGAGCUUCUCAAUUGGUGUCUUGAGCAUUCUUCAGUAAACCGAGAUGUGAAGAAAAUCAAGCUUCCUGGACAGAGUUUGCAUAGUAUUAGUAGCCGAGAAGUUAGAUGUGUGACAAAUGUUGAAGCAUUUUCCAUUCGGGCUGCAGACCUACAAGAAGUUACCAGUCUGUUCCCUAGGUUCUUCCGCACUCCUCGAGUUAUAAGAGCCAUAAGGAAUGAAUCACCAUAUUGGAAAACCUUUGCUGCUAUUUGUAUUCAAGUAGCGUGGAGAUACAGGAAAAAACGUCUGAAUCGUGCCAAUACCUCUCAAUCCACUUGUUGUUGAGGAUUGUAUGUAUGUAUAUAUGUAUUUCAGCUUUUGCACCGUAUAAAUGUAAGCUUCAUUUGUAAUAAUAAUACAGUUAGGAAUAUUAAGAUAGAUACCCAAUCUUUGUAGGAAAUUUGUUGUAACUUUAUCACAGGAUUAUCUCCAAUUUAGCAUUGGGAGGAACAAAGAAUGAUCUGCAAGAUUGCUGUUUAGAUUUUCUUUUUAUAAAUGUAGCUAAUAUACGUGUAAAACUAUGUAAAAGGUUCCAAGUCAUAGCAUGUGAAAAUCUCAUGUAACUUGAACGAAGCUGAAGGUGAGGACUGUGCAGUAAUUUAUUUAUAAUAAAAACUUAGUUGGUUCAACUUAAA